AUGACGGGCCACGCUGAUGCUGCUCCGGAUGCUGAGCCACCGGAUGCGGCCGAGCAGACGGCGGCUACGCAGCCGCCCGGCGAUGUGAACGAUAUGUACAAUGCGCAGAAUGCCAGCGCCGGACAGUGGACAGGUGUGAGUCAGUGGCAAGACUCCUCCCGGAGUCAUUGGGAUGACCAUGAUCGACAGUCGUGGGGAGGCGACUGGCAUGGUUGGCGGGAAGUUGACAACACCCCUGCCUGGGAGCGGCGCCAGAGCUGGGACGCCACCACCGCGGCGACUGUCGGCUACACGGACGCGACAGCGGAUGGGAAGACCAUCGAGGAGGUCCCUGGGCAGAUGGUCGAGCCUGCCGUGUUCCGGGGAGCGAUUCGGGAGAUAGAGGACCAGGGUCACGGAAUGGAAGCAACGUGUACGACGACGGCGGCCUUGCGUGGGGACAAUGGAGGCUUUCAGGGUGACUGGACCGAUCGCAGGAGCUUUCCGGGCAACGGCCGCGCCUCGGAGAAACUGGCAGUACCUACCUUCACAGGCGACGACUCCGACGACAUCGGCAACUGGGCUAGGAGCUACCUACGCCAGAUCGAGGCUUGGCGACGUAUGACUAUGCUCCCAGGUUCGCAACAAGGACUCGUCUUGUACCAGAACCUGGGCGGGAAAGCUUGGAUAGCAGCCGAAGAGUUGUCAGUGCCUAGGCUCGCUUCUGAGGGUGGAGUUGGGUACUUCGUGUCGUGGAUCAAUGCGAGGUUUCUUGACUUGGAGGUUGCUCGGAUUGGAAAGGCUUUCUCGGACUUCUUUAGACGACUCAAGAGAAAGCCCGGGCAAACGAUCAGGGAGUAUAACUCAGAAUACGAUCGUCUACAUGCUCGCCUCAGAGAAGUCGGAUGCAGUAUCCCGCAGGAAUGCGCAGCCUGGCUCUACAUCGACCGCCUCCAACUAGACGAACCACAAGAACUGAACCUCUUAGCUAGCGUUGGGAACGAGUACAACCUCAACCGCCUCCAACAGGCUGCAGUGCUACAUGACAGGGGACAUCGCAAACCUUGGGAGUCAGGAAGGACCCGGAAGCCCUACACCGCGCACCUCACUGAGUCCCCGGACGGCGCUUCCGAAGAUGGCGAUGGCGGCGACCACGAGGACCUGGACUUAGAGGACGGCGUGCCGGAAGAUGUGGCAGUUGCGUACGCUACCUACCAGAGCGCUAAGGACCGCUACAAGGAGCACGUCAAGGCGAGGGGCUACCAGGGCGACCGUUCGAGCGCUCCCACUCAGGAGGCACCGAAGAAGAAUGACAAGGCCAAGGAGGACAAGAUCAAGAUCAUGAAGGCGAGGUCGUUUUGUGGGAGCUGCGGCAAAAAGGGACAUUGGCAUCGGGAUCCCGAGUGCCCCAACUUCGGCACGUCGGCGCAAGGAGCUUCGCGGGCCGCUGUUAAAGAAGUCGGAGUAUGCCAUCAUGUUCCAGAAAAAGUUUUCUCGUUGCGGCACGAUGGGCCCGCUCUUCUUGGGAUCACAGAUACUGCUUGCGCUAAGGCGGUCACCGGAACAAUGUGGCUGCAGCAGUAUAGUGAUGUGCUCAAGGACAUCGGAGCGGUGCCCGAGUUGGUGCGCGAGUCUGAGUCGUUCCGUUUCGGAACGGGCAAGGUGCACCACUCUUCCUUCCACGUGGUCUUGCGCUUCAGCCUCGGCAACAAGAUCGUUGAGAUGAGGACCUCGGUGAUCAACGGGGACGUGCCCCUCCUCAUGUCGAAGUCGGCCCUGGCUCAACUCGGCAUGGUCUACGACGUGGCCGAGAAUCGAGCCGACUUCACCCGUGUUGGGCUCACUGGUGUGGAGCUGGUCACCACUUCGUCAGGGCACCCGGCCAUUCCUAUCGUGCCGGCAAAGGCCUGCAGCGGGCCAGAAAGGCUUGUGAUCGGUGAGACCGUCUCUUCGGGCAGCUCGCAAUACACGGCUUUCGCAUUGUCAGUGUUGAGACAUGUGCAGUGCGAGAGUGGUAGUUCGAGAACAACAGGCCCCGAGGAUACCACCACGAAGACUACUACGCCGCCUACACCAACCACCGUGACCACGAAAGCUCCUCCAUUCAAGAUCCUCUACGAUAAGAAACUCAGUCCUGUCGUCAAGGAGUUGCUCACUCAGGAUCAGUUGCAUGGGGUGUCGUUUAUGAACUGGUGGGAGAAGACCAAGAUCAAUCCGGACUUCUGGUUGGAAAGGGAUUCCAUGUGGCAUCGCAUUCACGUUGUACCUCGCAGGGCACUUUGUAAUCCUUCUACAUGGAAGACACAGCACACAGUCCAGAAGAACAUAUUGUUGCAGUCUGUUGGCGACCUGCGCGUGACUGAGGGUUUCUGCUGUAGAUCCGGAAAGCCACUUGAAGUUGCAGUUGAUCAGUGGACGCAUGGUGGAGGAGAUAGCUCUUUUCCGUUGUUAUGGGUCGGAAGAUCUUCUUUCGCGAAAGUGAAGCCCCCGCUUUCCCCUCAAGCCGACCCGGAGAUGGCAUGCAAGCAGCCCGCGAUCUCCAAGAUGACCAAGACUCAGCUGCUCGAGGAAUGCAACCGCUUGGGGCUACUUGUGCACCGGAGCUGGACAUGCGAGGAACUGAAGGCGACGAUCAUGGAGUACCGCAUGAACGACCCAGAGACCCAGCAGGCCAGUGCGAUGAAGUCCGUUUCCGGGAUGACCCUUGCCGAGCUGCGCACCAAGGCGGACGGGCUCGGGGUGAUGUACAAUUCGACGACCACGAAAGGAAACCUCAUUCGUCUCAUCCGGGAUGCGACCUCGACGCCGGGAUCGGAGCUGAUGAAGAUAGGCAAGUACCGGGGCUACGAGUUCCAGGAGAUCCCCCGGCAGUACGGCAUGUGGGCGGCGCGAGAAAUCAGGAUGAGCUCGAAUCCCCACGUGGAGUUCGAGGAGACGGCAACGGUGCCCUACCCGCUCGACAAUGCGAGCCAAGCGGCGUCUACGGGGAGUACAGAGUGGGAUGUGGUCACCGAGCGACGAGGGCGCUCGAGUCGAGACCUACCGAUCGCCCCGCGGAUCUCGAAGCGAGACGCGCCUGCGAUUCCCGAGGAGGUGAUGGACUCCGAGCUGGACCCGGCGACGAUGGACGAGAUCCAAGCGCUCGAGACGAGGCUGGCAGUGCUCAAGCAAAAGGCAAAGGCAGCGGCGAUCCCGCCGCCCGCCACAAAGUGA